GGCUUGUUUCCGGUGCGUAUUUGCUCGACGCCAUUUCGUGCAUUCGUCUGUUGGUGGGUGUCUACUGAACGAGCUGGUAUGGACUGUAUCCACUAAACAGUACAGCACCGAAUUUUAAUCAUUUUUAGUCUUAAACUCCCGUUUUUGAGGCAGCUUUUUUUGAGCCACGUCAAUCCAAUCAGGCAGGCAGACGACUCAACCUGAAUUACAGACAGAAUGGAUCAUUCCCCCACAACCAGCAGCCUGAUGGCCAGCAACGUCACCAACAAGACGGAUCCGCGUUCGCUGAACUCCCGGGUCUUCAUCGGGAACCUCAACACCAUGCUGGUGACCAAGGCCGAUGUGGAGGCCAUCUUCAGUAAGUACGGGAAGAUCGUGGGCUGCUCCGUGCACAAAGGCUUCGCGUUCGUCCAGUACGCCAACGAGAGGAACGCCAGAGCGGCAGUCGGGGGUGAAGAUGGGAGGAUGAUCGUCGGACAGGUGCUCGAUAUUAAUCUGGCUGGUGAGCCAAAACCUCAUCGUUCAAAGACUAUCAAACGCUCUGCGGGAGAUAUGUACAGCAGUUCUUCGUUUGAUCUGGACUAUGACUUUCAGAGAGAUUACUAUGACAGGAUGUACUCGUACCCGUCGCGCGUUCCCCCUCCUCCUCCUCCUCCUCUCUCGCGGGCGGUGAUUCCCUCCAAACGGGCGCGAGUGAGCGUGAGCGCCGGCGGCAGCCGCAGGACCAAAACCAGCUUCUCCUCCAAAAGCAGCCAGCGCACGUCCCGCACCAUGAGAGCUGACGAUCUGCAAACCAUUAAGAAAGAACUGACUCAGAUUAAACACAAAGUGGACUAUCUGCUGGAGAGCCUGGAGUGCAUGGAGAGAGACCACAGCAAGAAAUCCGAGGCGAAGAGCUCUAAACCAGAUGAAGCCUCACCGCAGCACUCCAGCGGGAAGAAAGAGCGCGAGAGCACGGAAAUGAACGACUACGAGGACGAGGGAGACCUGCUGGAGGAAGAGGAGAUCAAGAGUCGAGGAAGGGAGGAUGACGAGGAGGAGGAAGAAGAGGGUGAGCAGGAGGAAGGAGAGGAUGAUGGAGACAGCGCCAACGGAGACCAUUCUUAAACGUGACCGACACGGACACACAUGCAUGCUCACCGUGAGAUAUAGAGUAGAUCCUCUGACCUUUAAUGCACCCUUAGUUUUAUUUUCGAAGUCCAGAACAAUGGUUAAGACUCAUCAUGAAAAUGAAUCUCUGCUUUACAAAUGACUCUCGGUCGCACGAACCCCCGACUUCAGCCACCGUACUCCGAGAUCUCGUCAUUCUUGACCAAAUCUGCAUUAAAAAAAAUUACCGUUUUCUGCUUUAGGAUUGAGAAACUACUUUUGAUUGCAGUGAAAUCCCUUCAUUGAUGUGACAUUGAACAUGUUAGUAGUAACUUUACCAUGCUAAGCUGUUUUAAUACUGCCAACCCAAAAGCUUUGAAUGUGUUUGCAUAAUAUUUGGAGGAGGAGGAACUACUUAGUAGUGCUAUGAUUGGGUUUUACCAAAACUCGUAUAGGUUGUGCUUAGAUGAAGGUUAGUAGUUUUGUAACUUGACAAGCUAUUAAAGACUCCGUAUUUGUGUGGAUAUGGAUAACAUCCUGAAUGACUAAUGUUGGUCUGCUAGUGUGAUGAGCCAAUCAGAAUGCAUCGCUCCUAAAGAGACACUAACAUGCAUUUUGUACAUUUAACCUUGUUUAUUGGUUUGCACCAAUUGGAUUGUAAAGC